AUGGCCCCAGAAUCGCCAACAGACGCUGGCGAUGGCACAACUAGCAGUGGUAGCAACAGUCCCGACAAGAGGAGGAUAGAUAAAACAAAAAGAUCGAGAUGGGCGACGCGGAAAAUGACUGUCAAGAGCAGCAGCCUGAAGCGACUGUCCUUGAUUGGUCGACAAACAUUAAACCUCUCCCACAACGAGAAGAAGAGACAAUCGAGCGGCUCGGACGCCUUGCAGUCACAACAACCGGGUGAACAAGAUGCAGGCGAUGGUGAGGAGGAGGAGGAGGAGGCCCAUGGUCCCGGGCCGCGACAGCUAUAUUUCAACCAGCCCUUGCCCCCAAGCAUGGUUGACGAGGACGGCAGUCCAUUACAACAGUUCACGCGCAACAAGAUCCGAACAGCCAAGUACACGCCGUUGUCGUUUCUGCCAAAGAACCUGUGGUUCCAAUUCCAAAACAUUGCCAACAUAUUCUUCCUUUUCCUUGUCAUCCUAGUCGUCUUCCCUAUAUUCGGAGGUACUAAUCCUGGGCUCAACGCCGUGCCUUUAAUAUGCAUCGUCGCCAUUACCGCAAUAAAAGACGCCGUGGAAGACUAUCGGCGGACCAUUCUGGACAACGAACUCAACAACGCGCCUGUCCACCGACUCUGCGGCUGGACCAACCCAAAUGUGCUAGAAGACAAUGUCUCCACGUGGAGGAAGAUCAAGAAGGCGAGCUCGAAGUUUUUUGGGACGAUUUGGCAUACUAUUGAGCGGCUUUGGAAGAAAGAGGAUGAGGCGGCAAGGCAAAGGAGGGCUGGCAUCUACGAUAACAGCGACCCACGCGCAUCCGUGGACACGAGGGUAACCCACGCUGCUUCGACCGCUCGACAAUCAUUCGUCUCUGCCACCGAGGAAAUCCAGAUGACACCUGUGGCUUCUCCUUUACCACCUCAGGAGAACAACGGGCAUUUGGACGUGCAAAGGCCGGCGACCAGCUACUCCUAUGAGGGAGGUGCCGAGGCCAAGUUCGACGCAAUCAAGGGAGACGUCAUUAAUCAUGACCUCGCAGCCUCAGGCAACGCUCGAUUCCACAAGGAUGCCUGGAAAAAUCUUGCUGUCGGCGACUUCGUGCGGUUAUACGGCGAUGACGAGCUUCCUGCAGAUAUUGUUAUCCUGUCAACCUCGGACCCCGAUGGCGCAUGCUACGUCGAGACGAAGAAUCUGGAUGGCGAGACGAACUUAAAGGUGCGUCAAGCCCUGCGCUGCGGUCGGUCCAUGAAGCACGCCAGGGAUUGCGAGAGAGCACAAUUCAUGAUCGACAGCGAGCCGCCGCAGGCCAACCUGUACAAGUACAACGGUGCGAUCAAGUGGCAGCAAAAGGUGUCGGACUCUACGAACCACGAGAUGUCCGAACCCAUCACUAUCGACAACGUCUUGCUCCGUGGCUGCAAUCUGCGAAACACGGAAUGGGUUCUCGGUGUGGUCCUUUUCACAGGUCACGACACCAAGAUCAUGAUGAAUGCCGGCAUCACUCCCAGCAAGCGAGCAAGGAUUGCUAGGGAACUCAACUUUAAUGUCGUUUGCAACUUCGUGAUCCUCUUCGUCAUGUGCCUCAUCGCAGCCAUCGUCAACGGUGCUGCCUGGGCUACCACGGAUUCAUCGUUGUACUACUUCGAUUUUGGUUCCAUCGGCUCAACGCCAUCCAUGACCGGUUUCAUCACCUUCUGGGCGGCUCUCAUCGUGUUUCAAAACUUGGUACCGAUUUCGUUGUAUAUCUCACUGGAAAUCGUGCGUACGCUUCAGGCCAUCUUCAUUUACAGCGAUGUGGAGAUGUACUACGAGAAAAUCGACGCGCCUUGCGUUCCAAAGUCCUGGAAUAUUUCCGAUGACUUGGGCCAGGUAGAGUACAUCUUCUCUGACAAAACGGGUACUCUCACCCAAAACGUCAUGGAAUUCAAAAAGGCGACCAUCAACGGUCAGCCGUACGGCGAGGCCUACACGGAAGCGCAAGCUGGAAUGCAGAAGCGACUCGGUGUCGACGUUGACAAGGAAGCCGUCAAGAUCAGGGCCGAGAUUGCGGCGGCCAAAGUGCAAGCAUUGGAGGGGCUCCGUCAGUUGCACCCAAAUCCCUAUCUGCAUGACGAGGAUCUUACAUUCAUCGCCCCCGAUUUCGUGGAAGACUUGUCUGGAAAGCAUGGUGCGGAGCAAAAAGAGGCAAACGAGGAGUUUAUGCUGGCGCUGGCUUUGUGCCACACAGUCAUUGCAGAGAAACAGCCUGGGGACCCGCCCAAGAUGGAAUUCAAGGCACAGUCUCCCGACGAGGCUGCUUUGGUCGCCACUGCCCGUGAUAUGGGCUUCACUGUCCUCGGUCACACUGGCGACGGCAUCAACGUAAACGUCUUGGGCGAAGACCGCCACUACCCAAUUCUCAACACCAUCGAAUUCAAUUCCAGCAGGAAGAGAAUGAGUGCUAUUGUGCGCUUGCCGGAUGGCAGAAUUGUGCUCUACUGCAAAGGCGCUGACAGUGUCAUUUACUCCCGACUCAAGCGAGGAGAGCAGCAAGAGUUGCGCAAAGAGACGGCAGACCACCUCGAGAUGUUUGCGCGAGAGGGUUUGCGGACUCUCUGCAUCGCCAAGCGUUAUCUGACAGAGCAACAAUAUCAGACCUGGUUGAAGGAGCAUCAAGUUGCCGCAACCGCGCUUGAGGAGCGCGAGGAGAAACUCGAAGUUGUGGCUGAUCAGAUUGAACAAGAACUCACCUUGCUUGGCGGUACAGCCAUCGAGGAUCGACUACAAGACGGUGUGCCCGAUACCAUUGCCCUGCUUGGUGAUGCGGGUAUCAAACUCUGGGUCUUGACUGGCGACAAGGUCGAGACUGCCAUCAACAUCGGGUUCUCUUGCAACCUUCUUAACAACGACAUGGAGUUGAUCCGCUUGCAGACCAUCGAGGACGAAUCUGGCCAAACUCCGCCAGAAGAAUACCUGCGCCAGGUUGAGACCGCCCUUGAUCAACACCUGAGCACGUUCGGCAUUACCGGCAGCGACGCGGAUCUAAAAGCCGCCCGCAAGGAGCAUAAAGCACCAGCUGACACCCACGCCCUGGUCAUCGAUGGUUUUACCCUCAGAUGGGUGUUGGACAAGGAUCUUAAGCAAAAGUUCCUGCUUCUCUGCAAGAACUGCAAGUCAGUGCUUUGCUGUCGUGUCAGUCCGGCUCAGAAAGCUGCCGUGGUGUCCAUGGUGAAGACCGGAUUGGAUGUCAUGACUUUGUCCAUUGGUGAUGGUGCCAAUGAUGUUGCCAUGAUUCAAGAAGCCGAUGUUGGAGUCGGUAUUGCUGGAGAAGAAGGUCGCCAGGCCGUGAUGUCUUCCGACUACGCCAUUGGUCAGUUCCGUUUCUUGUGCAGACUCGUCCUAGUUCAUGGCCGAUGGUCGUACAGACGCCUGGCGGAGACAAUCAGCAACUUCUUCUACAAGAACAUGAUCUGGACGUUCAGUAUCUUCUGGUUCCAGGUGUUCUGUAAUUUCGAUAUCACCUACAUUUUCGACUACUCCUACAUCAUCUUGUUCAACCUUUUCUUCACCUCAGUUCCCGUCAUUUUGAUGGGAGUGCUGGACCAAGAUGUGUCUGAUACGGUCUCGCUGGCUGUUCCACAACUGUACCGCCGAGGUAUCGAGCGGUUGGAGUGGACACAGCGAAAGUUCUGGCUCUAUAUGCUAGAUGGCGUCUACCAGUCCGUCAUGGUCUUCUUCAUCCCCUACCUCACCGUGAUCAACAGCAACUACGUUACAUUCAACGGUCUCGAUGUCUCGGAUAGGCUCCGUCUUGGUUGCUACAUUGCCCACCCGGCGGUCCUCACCAUCAACCUAUACAUCCUCAUCAACACCUAUCGAUGGGACUGGAUCAUGCUCCUGGUGGUGGUUAUCAGUGAUCUCUUCAUCUUCUUCUGGACUGGCGUGUACACUUCGACUACCUACUCAGGGUCGUUCUACCAAGCUGCCCCUCAAGUCUAUGCCGAAGCCACCUUCUGGGCAUGCUACUUCAUCACGCCGGUCAUCUGUAUCUUCCCUCGCUUCGCGAUCAAAGCUCUGCAAAAGGUGUACUAUCCAUACGAUGUGGACAUUGUGCGCGAGCAAGUCAAUCAGGGCAAGUUUGACCGACUCAUCAAACCCGAAACUGCAGAGGAAGCUCGUGAGGGCUCUUCAUCUGGAUCAAGCCAGAGGUCUUCGAAGAAGUCGAAACACAUGCAGUACGGCAGUGUGGACGAGGACAAGAGGCCUAUCUAUCCUCCUUCCGUGGCAACACACAAUACUCGGGCGCAAAACGGCAGCGACGGAACGAAUUUCACCGGACAUGAGAUGGACGGACCGCCAAGAUCAACUUCGGUGGAAGACCUUCCUGACCCGAUUCCAAUCAGGCCCUCGAUCGAUCGGGCCAGGCCAUCUUACGACAGGAUCCGAGCCUCGAUGGACCGUGUGCGGCCAAGCUACCAGCAAAGCAGUGACUUCACCUCCGCAGCACGUCUCAGCCGCGUGGAAUCCUCCCAAUCAGGCCACCACCAGCUGGGCAACAGUCUGCUCAACAGGACAAGACUACGAGGAAUGUCCAUCAUCUCGAACAAAAGCAAACAAUAA